AUGGUACAAUUAAAGAAAUUUGCAUCUAAUAUUCAUUCAAGCAUUGAUCUUAAAGAUCAAAUUGAUUUGCCGUCAAAUGAAAAUAUUCAAAACACAUUCAGAAAUUUUAAACAUAAUCGAAUUGUUUCUUGUACUGAUUAUUUUUCAAUGGCAAGAGUAGGUCAAUGUCAUAUUUAUUCAUAUCCAUAUCAAUUGAAAAUGUACGAGCAGAUAACAAAUAGUUUUCCAGGUGGAUUAUUUGAAUGUGUUCGUGCAGUAUCAUUGUUUGAUGAACGACCUUUUGAACAUGCAUUUUUUCUUCGUAUUGCUCAAUCAUUUCCAUUGAUGGAAAAAUUAAAAUUAGUUAAUCUAAAACCACAAAACAAUAAACAAUGCAGAAAACCAGAACAUGAUGAUCGAGAUUGCUCAAUUGUUAAAUAUCCUCAUCUUAAUGAUCUCGAUUUAUUUGAAGUUCAUGAUGAUUAUAUUGAACAAUUUUUAAUGGAUACUAAAACAUGUUUGCCAUACCGUGUGGUACUUGUUACCAAUCAUCAACUACUCGAAAAUGUUACACACAAUUUUAAAAGCGAUACAACGCGAAUUAAUUGUUCAAAAAUAUAUUAUUUGUAUAGUGACACUAUUUGUUCACUUCCAGAACAUGUCAAAGAUUAUUUUUUUUUAUACUAG